UUUCAAUCCUACCGUUUCUCCUUAAGCUGGUCUCGUAUUCUUCCAACUGGAUUCGCGAACAAGAUCAGCCAAGAUGGCAUAGCCUAUUAUCACAAAUUAAUAGACGCGCUUCUAGCCAAAGGCAUCGAGCCUCUUAUCACCAUCUAUCACUGGGACCACCCCCAAAUCCUGGAAGAUCUGGGCGGCUGGACGAACGAAUUGAUGGUAGACUGGUUCGGCGAUUAUGCCAGGGUGGUAUUCCAUGAAUUUGGGCCAAAAGUGAAAUUAUUCGCCACCCUUAACGAGCCGGAUUCGGUUUGCAUAAGUGGUUACGCCGAAGGCGCGCAAGCUCCCGGAAAAGUGCUCAACGGAAUCGGUGAUUACCUUUGCAUGCACAAUAUGCUGAAAGCCCACGCAAAAGCAUACCACAUAUACGACAAGGAGUUCAGGUCCCUCCAAAAUGGCGACGUCGGUAUCGUCAUAAACGUCGGGGGAUUCUAUCCUAAAACCGAGGAGGAUCGAGAUGCCGCGGAAAUUGCUCAUCAGUUUAAAAAUGGCUGGCAGCUGAGCCCGAUAUUUUCCGAACAGGGUGACUACCCCAAAUUGAUGAAAGAAAUCCUCGCUAAUAAAAGCGAGGAGGGAGGAUUUACUAAAUCCAGACUUCCGGUCUUCUCUCAGGAGUGGAUCGAUUCUAUCAGGGGAUCAGCUGACUUUUUGGGGAUGAAUUACUACACGGCACAUCUCGUUGAAUUUGGUACAACUGGUCCUGAUCCAUCAUAUUAUCGAGAUCAAGGAGUUACUGAAAGUUUCGAUCCGUCCUGGAAGCCUACUGCCUCCAAUUGGCUUUAUCAAGUGCCGCAAAGUUUAGGUGACAGUCUUAUCAGGAUCUCACGUGAUUACAAAAAUCCGCUUAUAUAUAUUACGGAAAAUGGAAUGUCGGAUUUGGGUGACACCAAUGAUCCUGAUAGAAUUCAGUUUUUCCAUGAUUACAUUAAAAGCAUGCUGCUGGCAAUAAAUGAUCAUCACGUGAAUGUUAAGAGAUACUAUCUGUGGUCAAUCUUGGAUAAUUUUGAGUGGGAGAGAGGCUACAGUGAACGCUUCGGCAUUGUUCACGUGGACUUCGAGGACCCGAACAGGAAGAGGACCUGGAAAAAAUCUGCAUAUUGGUGGCAGCAAGUCACCCGUCACCGCAAACUAUUGUCCAAUAUAUCUGUAAACGUUGUGUAAAUGUGCAAAUUAAAAAACACGUCCGAUGAUGAACAAAAGUUCAUACGUUGAACU